AUGUCUCCAAGACAGGAAUUGUCAUCAGGAGCAAAGCAGUUACAUUGUGCUGGGGGAAAACCCAUACUGGGACUUCAGUGGAAAGUCAAAAAACUGGCUCUGAAAUAUCACCCCGACAAGAAUCCAGACAAUCCAGAGGCUGCAGAAAAAUUUAAAGAGAUCAACAAUGCUUAUGCAACACUGACUGAUCUGUCCAAGCAAAACAUAUAUGACAAGUAUGGAUCAUUAGGGCUCUAUGUGGCAGAACAGUUUGGUGAGGAAAAUGUUAACACUUACUUCAUCCUCUCAAGCUGGUGGGCAAAGGGCCUGUUUGCAGUCUGUGGCCUGCUGACAGGCUGCUACCUCUGCUGCUGCCUCUGCUGCUGCUUCAGCUGCUGCUGUGGAAAGUGUAAACCCAAAGCACUCGAAGGGGAAGAGCCAGAGUUUUGCGUGUCUCUAGAUUUGGAAGAGCAAAUUAAGAAUGACAUGAAAAGAGAUGGAGAAAAUCCUAUCAUGCUUCAACCGACUAACGCAACCGAGAAGACACAGUUAAUAGUGGACAGCUGUUGGAGCUAUCGCACAGACUCCUAG